AACAAGAACAGAUUCCCCAAUGUUCUUCCAUGUACAGGCUGAUUGGUCCAUUGCUGAGAUGAAUGCUGAGAUUGGGGAGAGCCACGCCCACCUCUACACAUCACAGACUGAUGAACAGACGAAGCACACAAACACACAUGCGAGAACUGUACAUGCGAGAACUGUUCUCAACAACAGAUUGAGGACUUUAAUACAUAGUCUUGUAGUCCUCACACGGCCUGGCAAAUGGACUGAUGAUUGCAGUGAUUGCCGUUACCGCUGCUUAGUCCUCCUCAUUAUUGUCAUCAUCCUCAUCACUCUGGUCAUCAGAAAGGUCAAGGGUAAGAGGACAAGGAGCCAGUCCUCCUACCAGAUGACUAUCCCCCCUCCCCACCCCCCAAACCAGUGCUCCCAGGAUCGGCCCGGCAACGCCAGUGAUGAAAAUUGUUUCACUGCCGUGGGCGGGGCCACAGUAGAGUCCACCAUCAGUACCAGUGCAGGGUUCGACCUUAGCGGUGGUCCGCUGGCCAAAUGCCAGUUGAAUUGCCGGCGGACCAGCUGAAACACCUUGCCAAGUGGUCCGGCUGGCCAGCCAAAUAAAUCUGCGUCAAAAAAAUGGUUGUUGUAUUUAUUUGGUUUCUUACUUACAUUCGCUAUUUUUUUCAAAAGAAACCUCCGUUAUUUUUACAAAUUCGCUUCGCGAUAUGACUACUUCGCAACUCGAUGUCACGGUGACUUUCAUCAUGUGCGUAAACCCAGCUCAAUGCGGCGAUGACUGGUUCCCGCCGCGCCAAUUUAAAAGACACGAUGAAAAUGCGGUAACUAGUCUGUGCACGGCUAUGCGAUCGAUUACUCCUAGAGCCUCAUAGAUUAAGAACCCCGCAAAAUUGUUUUCAGCACAAAACACUAA